AUUCUACAUGAAUUAUCUAUAAAUACUUCUUUAUCAGAAUGUAAAUAUGUAAAUUCAAAUGUUUGGGUAAGAAAUUAAAAUUUGCAAAGUUGGCGCGCAAACCGACAUUCGACGACACCUCGUCAAUAAUGUGCAAAAUAUCUUCAGCGAAACUACCGAACUGUGAAAAUAUAAUACGUACAUACAUAUGUAUAUGUAUGUAUUUACAUAUACAAAUAUGCACUCAAAUAAAUACUCAUACAUACAUAAAGUACCUAAGAGUAGGCUGACACCACAGCAGUGAAAAGUUUAUUUGCAACAUAAACUCGAGGGAAGUGUGUCAGACGCAUAGUGAUUAUCCUUUUUACCAUCGAAUGAUGUGGACGCCAAUAAACUCGAAGGCGAAGGCUUGUCUGUCAUUGUGAUUAUGUUGGCCAGCGCUGCGUUGCAUUCGUCUUCCUAUGGCUCCUGCUGCACGCAUACUAUCUCGAUACUGAACUGGAGGCACUGUUUUUGUGUGCCAAUGUUGUUGCAUUUUUACAUUUGUAGCACCAUUCAAAAUAAAACAACAACAAAAAUUAUGAACAAAUGUACAUCAGACACUGAAAAUAGUGGACGCACAUCAUUAACGGCGACAGCGACUCAACCUCAGAGCAGCCAUUUCUUAUUGGGUCGAAGGGUCCAACUACCAGCCAUGCACUGUUGUUAUUGCAUGCUAUUUGAGAGACCGACAAAAAAGCAAAAAAUUUCCUCUAAUGAAGUUAGACCAGUUAAAAAGAGACAAUACUAUGAUGUGCUGCAUAAUGAGGAGCUGUCGCGAGCAGACGUCGUCGAGAGACGCUCGCAAACAGAAGGGAUGAGUGCACGACAGGAUGCACAAUGACAAGUCGCAUAGAGCGGUAGCAAAAGAUGUUGCUCUCCUUGUUGCUCCCAUGUGUAUUUAUAUACAGACGGUGUUGGUGUGCGCUGACAUAUUCGUUCACAGCAAUGAUGUUCAUUAUUUUCCACAUUAUUAUUAGUAUGGCUAACGAUUCGUGGUCUUGCAAAAACUACCAUAAAGCAGAUGAGCUCGUUCAAAUACGAGUACAUAUUUAUUUACAGUGCAUACACGUAUAUAUAUAUAUAUAUAUAUAUAUGUACGUUCACAUACCAAACCAAUGACCACCCUCUCCACCACCAACACCAACAUUGUGCUGCUGACAACGACGCAACAACAUAAGCUCAAUCAGCUCGAGAUUUUACAGCGACGUCGACGUUGAUGAGCCGCCACCCACCACCAUCGGGCAUCGGUGUGGAAAGAACGACGCAGCCUUCGAAGCGGACAGCAAGCACAUGAUCCUUAAUUUCGUUAUAAUUUUGUGUGCUGCCUGGAAUCGUAUAUCAUUUUAAGUUUGAUCGGCCGCGAAUACGCGCGUACCACCGAACCGAGACAUUGAGGUUGUACUCUUCGCGACAGCACGGUAACUCAUACAGCUGGAACAGUUAGCAGCAGAGUGAAUAAUUCGAAGGAUACAUUUGCAUACACUUGCUGGCUGUGGUGCGGCACAGGGCAGUAAAUUGCGAUAGAGUUAAACGCAUCCGAAAUUACAUUAUUGUUAUUACCCCCUCUCAAGAAGAGGAAAUCGAAUUUUCAUUAUUUGUAAACAUUAGAAAUUGGUCUGGUCUGGUCUGCACCAGCUAUCAAACCGACGUACAGCGAACAGUUAGUUAUACACUCGCGUUGUGCGGUGGUCGGGCGCAAUCGAAGUACAUAUCUACAUAUACGGACAGAUUUUGGCAUUAAAUUGACGCGAUUAAAAAGUUUAUCGGGUCCAACAUACGCGCUUGCUCUCUCUUUCGGUAUGACGGGCGUGUAAAAGAAACACUGGUCACAGUUCACCCGUCGACAGGCGGUUCGUAACAGUACACACUAACCAGCCAGUACUAUAAUCGGUCUUCUGAGUACUGUAGUCUGUCGGUGCGGUGGGCAGAAAAAAAAAACAGUUAGCAGCUGGAAUAGUGUCUACGUGUGUGUAUGUGCCUCCUUGUGUUGGGGUUAGUGAUUAUUUCAACUAUUCGCCAGUCGUUUACCUACUCAGUAUAGACAUCGAGACGCCAGUGUCGGUUACGCGUCGGUCAAUCGGCGGACCAAAUAAAAAGCACCAAACAAAUCAAAUCGAAUGCUUAUGAAUAUACAUAUAUGCGUACACACACUUCAGAUACCUUAAUAAUUGUAAUUGAUUUUGAAAUUACUAAAUUGAUUUUACCGCAAAAUUAGUGAAGUGCGCCGAAUUCCUGAAGCGACGUCUAUCGCGGGCUAUGCUGCAAGUGGCUAAUAUUUGUGCAUUGUUAUCGAACAUAUUUGUGCGCGAGUGAAUCGAAAGCUCUAUUGUUACUUAAAAGGAUUAAGCUGAUUCCCAAUUUGGUGUAUAUUGUUGUGAAGGUGUGCUCAUAAGCAUACCACUUCGUCGUCACAUCCGUACCGUUUCUCGCUGAGUGGUAUAAUUGAUUUUUUCAAGACGUAUAUUGAUACGCGCUUUUACACCGGCCACAAGUUGGAUUUCAAACAACACAGUUGUGCCGGCGGCCCUGUGUCCGGUGGUGGUGUCGUCGGCAAUACCAUCUCGAAUUCCCUUCAGGUGCAUCACGUUCAUCAACCUCAUUUGUCUACAAGUAAUCCGUCUGCCCACAUACCACCGCAUCAUUCGCUCUUGCAUCCACAUCACGCCGGUACUGCUGGCGUAUCGCACGCAGCCGCCCAAGCUCACGCCGUCGGCCUAUCACAUAGCGGUUUACCGGCCAUAGGGCAGCAGCAACAGCAAUCAGCUUCAGUAGCACCGAUCGCCCAACAACAGUCAUCACAUCAGCAACAACAACAAUCAGCGCAGGCACAAGCCCAACAGCUGCAUACACCAACUUCCGUCGGUUGUGCGACCAGUAACGGCAGCGCCACCUCCGGUAGUGGCAGCAGUGCCGUCGGCUCGAAUUCCGUAUCAUCCCUGGUCAUUGGCAACGGACCCGGUUCGGGUGGCAAUAACGUCCAUCCGAUUUCGUCGGUGGCAACAUCUGUUUCAACGGCUUCUUCCAUACCUCACAUCGUACCACCCAGCCUUGGACUGAGUCCACAAUCUAGCGCGGACUCCCAACAGUUUAAUAUAUUCCCGGCUAUAUUUAGUCGGCAACUCAACUUUACCGCUGGUACUUGCGGUCAAAGCAAACUCUCAAUGGAUGAACUGCGCCCUAAUUUGGUUGGCGGUCUGUUGGGCCUGCAACAAGGCUUAUUGGACGAUCAUGCGGCGAAUAUGCAGCAUGCCGGCAUGUCACAGGAUACGAAAUUCAUGUCAUUUCAAGAUAAUCGCUUAAUGGGCAUUACUUCCUCUCAUGAGAACCGUCUGCUCGGUCUAACCUCAUCGAUGCAAGAUACCCGUUCGCCGCUCACCGUCAUCGACAAAGGCUCUCUUAAUCACCAACGCAAAUGCAGUAGUACACCCGAAGAUUUUAGCUCACUGUACUCUGGUUUGCCCACACCUGGCAUGGACACGUCUUCGCACCAUCACACACCCGCGCACACGCCACCAACGCGACUAUCUGACCAUUCGAUAUCCGCGGAAGGUGCAUUUAAGAAGCUCAAGCCCGAACCUAAUACAGGGCUCUCAUCUGCUUCCGGCGGUGUCACAUCGCCCGGAAAUGGUUUAUCUUCGUUAAGUCAACAUGCCGGCCAUACACCGACCACAGCAUCCUGUCCGACUCCAGCGAGACGAAGACAUCGGACGACGUUUACACAGGAGCAACUGGCCGAGCUGGAGGCAGCGUUUGCAAAAUCUCAUUACCCGGACAUUUACUGUAGAGAGGAACUGGCACGAACGACGAAGCUGAAUGAGGCUCGAAUACAAGUCUGGUUUCAAAAUCGACGUGCUAAAUAUCGAAAACAAGAAAAGCAGCUGCAGAAAGCUUUAGCUCCAUCUGUGAUCCCCUCUUGUAAUGGCAUGAUGAGGAAUAUUCAAGGAUAUGGUGUCUCACGUGGUUAUCAACCUUAUCCGCAUCAUAAUUCGAUAAAUCGAUAUCCACAGGAUUUAUUUCAAAUGGGCGCUUCUUCAUAUCCCGGUAUGACACAACCUUUCACAAUGACACAUGGCAGCAAUAUGGGUUCUGUGGGGGUACGCCAAGAUUCAAUGGGUAUGUCACCGGAAGAUGAAUGGUACAACAAAAGCUUAUCAGCCUUACGCAUGAACAGUUCGCACCAUCCCAACUUAUCCGCGCCGAUGCUGCAAUAUCAAACAUAAUCGAAGACUUUUGACGACUUCUUUUAAAAUACAAAUAUCGAGCUUUGAGGAGAAGAAACUGCAAACUCGGGUCCGGGGUCGCUGGGUUAUUCAAUAUUUGUAUUUUAAAGGAAUUUCGUCAAGUGAUGAGUUGCUAAUGUAUGUACUAGGUAGAAUAUGGACAGUGCCAACCAUGAUAGGUGCAAAUUUGUUAAACGUUUUUAAAAUUCAACCGCAAUAUCAUAAUAAAUAAAAUGGACAAACUGAUAGUGAAGAUGAAUAACUUGUAAAUGCAAAAACAAAAUAAAUUGUAUAUUAUUAUUAAUUGUGAAAGUGUAGAUCUUCGCAUAGAGCUAAAAUGCGUAUCGAUACCAUAUCAUCCUAAAUUUGAUUUCUAUAAACAUCCAAUUUACCCAAAUGUUCGUUGAUUUCAUUUGCAUUCUUCAGCGAAGCUUGUAAAGCCGUAUACUGUAAUGGAGCCAUGGUUGGAAGUUGAAAGAUUCGGUGGCUCUUUCCGUGAAUCGCUACAGUUACACCUGCUGGAUUAAACUGUUAUUUAUUUUACUUCAAUAGAGUUGUUCAAAUCAUUGUUCUGAGAUUUUUCGGUGAGGCUUUCCUCAAAAUUCAAAUUUUUCUGAUAUUUUAACGAUUAUCAUUUUAAAAAGUGGUAAUUGGUAUAAAGUCUGGUGUCGUCUAAGAAACGCCGAUACGCAUUUUAACUGUAUGUACGAAUGUAGUACGGUGUACGUAAAAUGGCAAUUUUAUAAAUAACUAGAGAGUUAGUUGAAUAAAAAAUUAAAGAAAUUUUAUUGUAAAUAAUUGUAGUUGUAAGAACUCGCAUAAGAGUUGAGCAAAGAGAGGUUGAUCUUAUGCUUAUGCUGUAUGUACAUACAAAGAUAUACAUAUAUACAUAUAUGUACAUAUAGUACAUAAAUAUAUUGUAAUUGCAUGUUUGUAAAAUAUAGUAGCUACAGACAACAGACUUUUAUAAUGUGGUGUACAUUUUAUUAUAAGCAAAUGUGCACGACGGUGCCAAAUAAUAAUUCAAGAAGUACUCAUUUGAGAUAUGACUGUAGAUAAAAUGCAUACAUACAUACAUUUAACUAGAAACGAAGUCAAACGUACGAUCUAUACGAGUACGCACGAGUACGAGUGCACAACACGGCCUUUCCGAGCAUCGUACUCUCACAUAUUUCAACACUAUUUCUGAUGUCAAAUUCUUCGUUUUAUAGAAGGUCUACUCUUAAGAAUACAAAUAAUUGUAACAAAAUUAAAUAAAUCUAAAGAAAAAUGUGUAAUUUGUAUAACACGAAGCGGCUGCUGCAUCCCUAUUGUAAUGAUUCUAAUGCAUACAUACAUACAUACAUACAUAUGUACUUGUAAGUUGUAGCUAAGCAAUGAGUAAUUAAGUACCAACUACUAACUAAUUGAUUAAAAUUGAAUAAUACUCUUUUAUGAUUUAAGCCCAGAAUAUUCAAAAAAAUAUAUAAAAUGCAAUUUCCCACUCUAUGUUGUAAAAAAUCUAAAAAGUACUAUUAAAUAUAAAACCGAA